AUGUCCAUUAUGCCAUUGAGAUUCAUCAAAAUGUUUGGCCAUGACCGGCUCUACAUCAUAUUUCAUCAGCUACUAUUCCUCCUCACAGGUCUAUUUACUACUCUCGGCAUUCAAUGGCUAUUCUACAAAGGAGCAGCAACUGGAGAUAGUUACUUGGUCCAGUUAGCGCAAUACCUUGGAAUGGUAAUGGUUGGACUGUUGAUUCCCUUUAUGGUACGCAACCGUUCUAAAGGUUACUCGAGUGUUCCUGAUGAUGCUGUAAAUGAGGCAGAGGAUAUUCAAAUGAACCCGAUGCAUCCUGAAGAAAGAGAGAAACUCGGACAUGUAGAAGGACCUGUGCCUCAUCGAUCAAUAAUGAAAUUGGCUGUGUUAGAUGUAGUGGCUAACUUUUGCGUAACACUUGGGUUUGCAGUGAUCGGCAGUGGGAUGUACCAAGUGAUCUAUAGCAGUGUUGUGAUCUGGUGUGCGAUUCUGGCUUAUUUUUUUAUGGGUCGUAGUCUUGGUCGUUUACAGUGGUUGGCUAUUCUGGGUGUAAGUGCUGGAUUGGCUAUUUGCUCACUAGGAUCUAGUGAUAACAAGAAGCAAGCCUCUACUGCAAAUACAACCAUAUUGAUGUUUGGUACCUUGAUGACAUUGGGAGGCACAUUUUUCUAUUCAUGCGUAUACGUGUACUCUGAUCAUAUCUUGUCCAAACAUGUUCCACCCCCACUGGCUGCCAGAGUAUGCUGUUAUACUGGGAUGUAUACCAGUGUUCUAUCUCUUGUGUGGGUGGCAAUCUACACCAUUCCGAGAUUCGAUAAGCUUAUCCACAUUGAUCCUACUGUGCCAAUUUGGCAAGUAUUUGGAAUGUAUGUGCUCGUGGUAAUUGCCAAUGGGACACACGCAUGGAAUUAUUAUGAGCUUAUCGAUAGGACGGGAAGUGGGUUGAGAGCAGUUCUGGUGUAUGUUAUUAGCCAUGCUUGGUAUUGCUCCACAGAUUCGGCCCAAUAUAUAACAAAGGCUGCUCAUAACAGCCCAAACUAUUCACCCUACGAUCCUAUUUAUUCUGACGACGAUGAUACAUCUGCCACAGGACGAACCAUGAGUAUGAUGGCAGACGAUGAUACCGAUGCACUAUUCAUGGAUCACAUUUCCACGCCCUGUUCAUACACAUUCCAAGAAGAAAUGGAAGAUAUAGAUGACAGCCGGAUAUCUCGCUACCAAAAUACCUAUUUUAUGGACGGAGGCAACCGGUUUAUCUCUCUUCCAUCGCUUGGCACAACUAGUACAAAGGCAGCGCUUCACAUUUCACGGAUGUUCAGAGAAUGGCUUGAAAACAAAAUAUAUCACCACCCAACCCCCAAAGAAUUUUUGGACACUGAUCGACAAGACUAUCUUCCUAUCAUUGAGGACUCUGUUGAAUUGGUGGCUGAAGACGUUCUUAAUAAGAUAAAAUCGCGUUCAUCUGUCCGUGGACUCAAGGGUCUCUCGCGAGUGCUACUCAAAAUACGAACAGGGCACAUCUACACUUAUCACCAGUUGGAAGAUGGCCAGCCAUUGAUCACCCAAGAUAUGGAAGACUUCUUUCAACAGUUCCCGCUCUUUGUUGAAGUCAUGAUCUAUAUAAUGCCCCACAGACAUCACUCGACCGAAGACUCAUCUACCCAGGUACUCUUGGCAGUCGAAAACAUCACAGUCAAUCCCAAUAGUCCUUAUCGCCUGUUGGAGGAAAUCAAACAACCAAUCUCUUGAACCAAAUGAUCGGCUUCAAUUUAUCAUCGAUUUUUAUAUAUAUUUAUAAUACCUUUCUCUUUUCUGUGAAUAUGAUUGUAUGUACGUGUGUGCAACCACAGCUAUCGAUCAACACCAACACCAAAAAAAAUCAUUUUCAUCUUUUUUGCAUUAUCUUGUUAACCAAGACUUACGAAAACACAAAAGACUCUGGUAUUCUUUUCUUUUUCUUCCCUUUUUCAUUUCUUCUAUCUAUCUAUCUAUCUAUCUAUCUAUCUUUCCUUACCUACCCCCCCUUUUUUUCUCAUAUAAAAAAAAAGCCCAAAAAAAAACCAGAAGAUAUUUUUUUGUAAAUAAUACCAAUAAUACCAAUAAUACCAAUAAUAUAUAUUUAUCAUCGCAUAGCAUCUUAUUCAAUAAAUCAAUAAAGCAAUCAACCAAU